GUGCGUGUGGCUCUGAAUAAAAAGCAAUUUUGUUAAAGGAAUUUCUUCUGGAAACUGCAAUGAAUGCCGAAGAGAUCGAUGUACCCAGCGAGGAUCCACAUUCUUAUUGUCGGUUAUGCUUCGGGGAUCGCAAUCUAGUUCCACUUCUUCCAGGUUUAAGUGAAACGCAUAACAUGCUUUUGAAUCAGAUAAUUCAAUUCACGGGCAUUCAAAUAGAUCCAGAGAAUGGACUUCCUGCUUCUAUCUGCUGGAGGUGCGCUGUGACUUUAGAGGAUUUUCAGUUGUUCAGACAACGCAGCUUACACAAUGACUCUAUAAUUAGAGAACGAUAUGCGGCAAAAUAUGCUAUAGAAUUUAAUGUCGAUCCCGUCGAGGAUGAACUAAGCAAUGGUGAUCAUAUGAAUGCGUUUACGGUGGAUGAAACAAACAAUCAAAGCAAUAUUGAUGUCGAUCUUGUUGUUCCAACGGUUGAAAAUCAUAGUGUUUGCGACACUGAUAGUGUACGUAAUGAUUAUAUGCAGGAUACAUCCACUGAUCAAUCUUGUGAUGCUGUAAUGUGCCACAUAUGUAAGAAACAAUGCAGAAAUAAAACUCAUUUGUAUGUUCAUUUUAAACAUCAACAUUCUGAUGCUGGAAGACCUUUUAAAUGUACUAUUUGUCCCGCGUCUUUCAAACGCAAGAAUCAUCUCGAGGGACAUAUUACAUCGCAUGGAGGGGAUGUAAAGCGCUAUUCUUGUGAAGAAUGCGGUGCAAACUAUGCAAAAGGAAAGUCAUUGCGGGCCCAUCGUCAACAAAUGCAUGGUUUACCACCUGUUGCACCUGCUAAAAAGUGUGGUGAGCUUACUAAUGUAUACGGACCGUAUUCUUGCACCUACUGCUCCAAAACGUUCAAGCAUCGCCCGUCGUUAAACUUUCAUAUAAAAUCUCAUUAUGAAAUGUUACCAGAAGCAUGCGAGUUCUGUAAUGCCCGAUUUGACAACGAGAGAGGUAAGCUCAUUCAUAUGGGUAAAUAUCACCCUUCAGAUAUGUAUAAGAAAGUGCUAGCUCCCAAGGAAACGUUCCAGUGUGCCUUCUGUCCACGAAGUUUUGACCAGCGAAAUUAUUUGACACAGCACACUAAAUACAUGCAUUUACAAAAGAUUGAUGAAGCUGAGGAGGGAUCGGAUGGCGAUGAAUUAAAUGAGCCGAUGAAUAGCACAGAACCUCCUGUAACAAUCAAAUUUGAAGUAGAGGAGGACUCCUCGCUACAGUCUGAUUGGAAUUAAUUUAUUUUAAUACUCCUAGUGAACCUCGAAGUCAGCGUAGAUUAAGUAGGCUGGGAAGUCUAUCGAACUAAAAUUCCGAAAUACGGCAUGUAGCGCUAUUAGGACUUGGACUCACGAGGGAGUAAUGAUUCGUUAAUUUUAAAUAUUUCGUCUUUCAAUAAAGGCU